AUAAGAGAAUUCCCUUGGCAAGCAGCUGUUGUAUUCUACGAUAGCUUGGAUGAGGGUCUUAUGUGCGGCGCGACGGUCAUCGACGAGUACUGGAUACUCACGGCCGCCCAUUGCAUUCAGAAAAAACCGAAGAAAGCCUUCAUUCUCACUGGCCUACGAACACUCAACAACCCCCUACAUACCCACCAUGUGGAAAAAACUGUCAUUCACCCCGAAUACGAUGAGAACACGAUUGCCAAUGACAUUGCACUUGUUAAGAGUGUGUCUUCUUUGCUGAGAAAAGGAGUUUCGCCUGUGUGUUUGGCAAGAGAUGACUCAAGCAUACUAUCCUUGAACAGGGAAGCCCUUGUUGUAGGAUUCGGUUUGCACAUAGUGAGCUGGAGCGCUUUCGAGUUGACGAUGAGUGCGAGCGAUGUAAUCCUGACAUCUACUUUACCAAUCAUUCCCCAGCGAGAGUGUCGGCUCGAAUGGUCAGCUGUAUCAGGGGGUUCCAUUGCCAUCACCGACAAACAGCUUUGCGCUGGUUCAAAGUUACACGGAACCGCCCCGGGAGACAGUGGAGGUCCGCUACUUGCUAAAGAUCUUUUUGGCAGACUUGUUCAAAUCGGAAUCACAUCUUUUGGAGCUGGAGGAACCUCAGGUCUUCUCGAUCAGAACACCUAUCCCGGUCAGCUGAAAUUUCAGCUAAAAAGAAAAUGCUUCCAAUGUAAAUUUGGUAACUCGCAUUUCAGCCUUACCAUAAGAUUUACGGCCUUUUUGCCCAUAAGAAGCAUUUGUAACAAAUUCCGGCACUAUUUACCCUUUACUGCCCCACUCUGA